AUGAACAAACCAGACUUUGGAGCGGCGGGGUUUCCAACGGAGACUGCAGCCUCAGUCCCAGCCAGCGCCGCCAGGAGACCCCUCCAGUCCCUUUCCGCGGGCGGCCUGCCCAGCAGGAACAUCAUCAUCAAGGAUGAAAAGAAGAUCAGCAGUGCAAGUGAUUGUAUCAAUUCAAUAGUUGAGGGUUCAGAAUUCAAAAAGGUUCGCUCCAACUCUAGAAUAUACCAUAGGUAUUUUCUGCUAGCUGCUGACAUGCAAAGCUUGAGGUGGGAGCCAUCGAAGAAGGAUUCUGAGAAAGCCAAGACUGGUAUUACAUCCAACAAGGAAGUAAGAGCAGGGAAGAAUGCAGACAUAUUUCUCAGCAAUGGCGUUUCAGACCAGGUAUCUGAAGAUUGUGCGUUUUCAGUCAUGUACCGAGAGAAUUAUGAGUCACUUGAUUUGGUUGCCAACUCUGCAGAUAUUGCGAACAUCUGGGUAACAGGACUUCACUACAUCCCCCACCCUCAGUACCUAAUUUCUUAUGGAAAACAUACACUGGAUAUGUUCAAAAGUAGCCAAGACAAUAUGAGGACUUCCUGGGUUUCACAGAUGUUUAGUGAAAUUGUUGUAGAUAGCAUUGGACACAUAACUCUGUGUAAGGCUGUACAAUGUGUCAGAAAUCUCAACCCUGGUUUAAACACUAGCAAAAUUAAGUUUAAAUUCAAAGAAUUGCAUAAAUCGAAGGACAAAGCUGGUACAGAAGUCACAAAGGAAGAAUUUAUUGAGGUUUUCCAUGAACCUUGUGCUAGAUCUGAAAUUUAUUUCCUUUUAGUUCAGUUUUCAAGCAAUAAAGAAUUUCUUGAUACUAAGGAUCUUAUGAUUGAGGCAGAACAGGAUGUGGCGCAUAUAAAUGAGGAAAUAAGCCUUGAAAUUAUUCACAAAUAUGAGCCAACCAAGGCGGGCCAGGAGAAGGGCUGGAUCUCCAUGGACGGGUUCACUAAUUACCGUAUGUCACCUAACUGUUACAUAUUCGAUCCAGAACAUAGGAAGGUCUGCCAGGAUAUGAAGCAACCUCUGUCUCAUUACUUUAUAAAUUCAUCUCAUAACACAUACUUAAUAGAGGAUCAGUUCCGAGGUCCCUCUGACAUCACAGGAUAUAUCCGAGCUCUUAAAAUGGGUUGCCAGAGUGUUGAAUUAGAUGUAUGGGUUGGGCCAGAUUACGAGCCUGUCAUUUACACAGGCCACACCAUGACCUAGAUCAUCUUCCACGGUGUCAUUGAUAUUAUUAAGAAGUAUGUGUUCUUUGCUUCAGAGGAUCCUCUUAUCUACUUAGAAAAUCGCUGUUCUAUCAAACAAUGAAAAGUAAUGGUUCAACAUAUGAAGAAAAUUGUAGGAGACAAGCUCUAUACAACAUCACCCAAUUUUGAGGAAUCUUAUCUAGCAUCCCCGGAUGUCCUGAAAGGGAGAAUACUAAUUAAAGCAAAGAAGCAAUCCUGGAAUUACUCUGAAGUAGUAGAAGAUGUUACUGAUGAGGAUGAAGGAGCAGAAAUGUCUCAGAGGAUGGUUAAAGAGAAUGUGGAGUGACCCAACUGUGUGCCUGUGAAGCGAUUUCAGCUUUGCAAAGAAUUGUCUGAGUGGGUCAGCAUCUGUAAGUCAGUGCAGUUCAGAGAAUUUCAGGUGUCAUUUCAAGUUCAGAAGUACUGGGAAGUCUGCUCAUUUGAUGAAGUGCUUGCCAGCGAAUAUGCCAAUGAAAAUCCAGGAGACUCUGUAAAUUACAAUAAGCAUUUUCUUGCUCCGGUCUUUCCUAGUCCAAUUAGAACUGACUCUAGUAACAUGAACCCUCAAGACUUUUGGAAAUGUGGUUGUCAAAUCCUGGCCAUGAACUUCCAGACUCCAGGACUGAUGAUGGAUCUGAAUAUCGGCUGGUUUAGGCAUUACGGAAACUGUGGCUAUGUCUAUCGGCCAGGCAUCAUGAGGGAAGAAGUCUCAUUCCUCAGCACCAAUACCAAAGACUCCAGCCCAGGAGCCUCACCUCAGCUUCUUCACAUUAAAAUCAUCAGUGGGGAGAACUUUCCCAAGCCCAAAGGCUCAGGUGCCAAAGGUGAUGUGGUGAAUCCCUACCUUUAUGUGGAAAUCCAUGGGAUCCCAGCCGACCGUGCAGAACAAAGGACAAAAACAGUGAACCAGAAUGGAGAGGCUCCCAUUUUUGGUGAAAGCUUUGAAUUUCAAAUCAACCUGCCUGAACUGGCCAUAGUGCACUUUGUAGUGCCAGAUGAUGACUAUAUUGGGGAUAAGUUUAUUGGUCAGCACACAAUUCCCUUUGAGUGUUUACAAACAGGCUACUGCCAUGUCCCCCUGCAGUCUUUGACUGGAGAGGCCCUUGCACAUGCUUCUUUGUUUGUCCAUGUGGCUAUUACUAGCUGAAGGGGAGGAGGAAAGCCUCAUAAAAGGGCUGUGAGAAAAGGGAAGAAAUCCAGGGAAUAUGCAUCUCUGAAAACAUUGUGGAUUAAAACUGUGGAUGAAGUGUUCAAGAAUGCCCAGCCCCUGAUCCAGGAUGACACAGAUCAGAGAAAGAACAUGCAGAGUACAGUGGUGUCAUUCAAGGAGCUGUGUGGCCUCUCCUCGCUGGCCAGUCUAAUGCAGUGCAUGGUGGCAGUGUCUCCCCACUUCCUGGGGCCCGAUGACACACCUCAGGUGGUCCUGAAUCUCAGCGAGCUAUAUCCCACCAUGGCCAUGGAGUUGCAGGGAAUUGUGCCAGAGGUACUGAAGAAGAUAGUGACAACUUAUCACAUGAAGAUUCAGUCCCUCAAGGCGUUGAUUGAAAAUGCAUAUGCUAUGUAUGAAAAGAUCGUGCAUUGUCAGAAGGCAGCCAUGGAAUUCCAUGAACAUUUGUACAGCAUAGGCACCAAGGAGUGUUUGAAGGAAGGAAAACUACAAAAAGCCAUAGAGAGCUUUACCUGGCAUAUUACCAUCCUAAAGGGACAAAUGGAUCUUUUGAAAUAUGUUAAGAACAAUACUUUGGAGAACCUGAAACAAAUCCAUUUUGCUGCUGUUUCAUGUGGACUGAAUAAGCCAGGCACUGAGAUUGCUGAUGCUGAGAUCCAAAAGCCACAUUGGAGCCUAGAAGUCAUACCUGAAAAAGCAAAUGAUGAAACUGGAGAAUAG